UUGAAAGCUGUUCAUCCUCUUCCAUUCUCUUCAUCCCCAAGGGAGCAGAGAGGGGAAGGAAGGGAAACAGUUUCCUUGGAGAAGAAUUGGCUAAAAGAGCAGAAUGGACCGCUUCCGGAUGAUCUUCCAGUACUUCCAGUCCAACUCAGAGUCUGUAAUGAAUGGAAUCUGUGGGCUGUUAGCCCUGGCUAGUGUAAAGAUUUAUACCUGCCUUGACUUCAGCUGCCCCUGCCUGCCCCGCUACAACAUGGCAUACGGCUUGGGGAUCAUGUUUGUGCCCCCCAUCGCCCUCUUCCUCUGUGGCCUCAUCCUCAACAGACAAUCUCUGGUGAUGAUGGAGGAGUGGAGGCGGCCACAGGGACACAGGAGGAAGGACCUGGCUGUCAUCAGGUACAUGUGCUGCUCCAUCAUGCAGCGAGCCAUGGUUGCCCCAGCUGUUUGGAUCGUGGUUACCCUCCUGGAUGGCAAAUGCCUGAUCUGUGCCUUCAGCAGCUCUGUAGACCCCAAGAAGUUUGUGGGCUUUGCCAAUGCCACCCUGGCACAGGCACAGGAGAUGCUCACCAGGGUGCCCUGCAAGGAGGAUGAGCUGAUGAGGAACAGCACAUCCCGCAGGGCAGUGUCCAGGUACCUGCACUGCUGGUCCCAGGCCCUCGGCUGGAGCAUUUUGUUGAUCCUCAUCAUAGCUGUUUUCCUUGCCCGCUGGCUCACACCUUGCUUCAACCAGGCUGCCCUCCUCCAGACACGUCACUGGAGUAACUACAUCGACAUCGAGCAGAAGAUUUUUGAGGAAACCUGCUGUGAGCACAGCCGGCUCUUUGCUCACCAAUGCAUCCUUCAUUUCUUUGAAAGCAUGCGGAAAGAAAUCAGACAGCACAGCUUUGACUUGCCUGGAGAGAAUGAGAGAGAGGAAGAUCUUCUCCGGGGCAUCACAGACCACAAUCAGGUGAACAAACUUCUGAAAAUGUGGUACUAUGAGAAACCUCCCUUGGAUGUAAGGCAGGCGAUCCACAGACAUCCUCUGGAGCAAGAGAGAUCUCCACCCUGGGCAGAUAGCUGCAGUGCCAGGUCUAAAUUCACCCAGCACACCCAUAUGUGAAGAGGAGGUUGUCCUGAAGUCAAUCCAGGUGUGUCUAGCAGAUGGAUGGCCACAGUGCUCACCUCUUCUUCCAGAACCCCAGGUCCAAAGGCUGGGCUCUGGGGCAACCAGCAGAACAUCCUAGCAGAAUUAGUAAGACUCAGCUCCCAAAAUCCCAGAGUUCCAGAAUCACCGGAGUCAGCAUUCACGACAAUACUCAUCCAAGGGCUCUGAACUGUGCUUUUGUUAUCUUGAAGAGUUUGUAGCUGUGACAAAGCCCUUCUGGCUGGGCUGGUUGGUGUUCAGAAGGCUUUGCAUGCACCAGCAUCAUGCCGUGGACAGGACACACCUGGUUUUUACACACUUCUUGUAGAUUUUAGCACAAACCAAUCUACCCAAAGGAUCAUCCUUACAUCUCUGGGCAUAACCAUCCUUAGUUUCAGCACCAUUUGAAUGUAAGCUCUGAGCC